CCAGGGAAGGGGAUGGAGCUGGGGAAGGGGCUGGAGCACAGGUCUGAGGAGGAGCAGCUGAGGGAGCUGGGAAAGGGGCUCAGCCUGGAGAAAAGGAGGCUCAGGGGGGACAUUCUGACUGCCCACAGUGCCCUGAGAGAAGGGGACAGCCAGGUGGGGGUUGGACUCUGCUCCCAGGGAACAAGGACAGGCCAAGAGGACAUGGCCUCAAGCUGAGCCAGGGGAGGUUUCGGCUAGACAUUAGGAACAAUUUCUUCACAGAAAUGAUGAUUAGGCACUGGAAUAGGCUGCCGAGGAAGGCCGUGGAGUCACCGUCCCUGGAGGUGUUCAAGGAAAGACUGGACAUGGCAUUGAGAGCCGCGGUUCAGCUGACGCGGUGGUGCUCGGCCACAGGCUGGAUCUGUGCUCUCAGAGCUCUCUCCCGACCCAAAAGACGCCGUGCCUCCGUAAUUCCGUAAUUAAUUCCGUGUCCCCCUCCCUCCGGGCCCGCCCCGCGCCGUCCCGCCCCGCACGCGCUGAGUGACGGCGCCGGGGCCGCUCCCGGGCGGGGCUGGGCCGGACCCGCUGCUCCGCGGCCCCUCAGAUGCCAUGUUGCCUCAGAAGAGGGGACAGAUGCCUUCCAGAAUAGCCAUGAGCAGUUAUUGGAAAGUCCUGGGAAUUUUCUUACUCUCUCUUCCAAGUGCACCGUGUCUCCAGCCAGCCCAGCCCGGGGUGCUGCUGGUGUCGUUCGAUGGGUUUCGGUGGGAUUACAUCUACAGGGUGUCCACUCCCAACUUCCACUAUGCCAUGGAGAACGGGGUGCAUGUCAGGCAGGUGACGAACGUGUUCAUCACCAAGACCUACCCCAACCACUACACCCUGGUGACAGGGCUCUAUGCUGAGGGCCACGGCAUCGUGGCUAACGAGAUGUAUGACCCUGUCCUGAAUGAAUCCUUCUCCCUGAACAAAAUGAACACCCACAACUCCAAGUUCUGGGAAGAGGCCAGUCCAAUAUGGGUGACGAACCAGAGGGAAGGACACAAAUCUGGUGCUGCUAUGUGGCCUGGAACAGAUGUGAAGAUACAUGGAGUCUUGCCUACACAUUACAUGCCCUACAAUGAAUCUGUUCCCUUUGAAGACAGGGUAGCAAAGCUCAUUGAGUGGUUUACAUCAGAAGAACCCAUCAACUUUGGUCUCUUGUACUGGGAACAGCCUGAUGAGACGGGACACUUUCUGGGCCCAGAAAACCCACUUAUGGGAGCGAUAAUCAGUGACAUUGACAGAAAACUGGGAUAUCUCAUUUCUGAACUGAAGAAAGCAAAGCUGUGGGAUGUGAUAAAUGUCAUAGUCACGAGCGAUCAUGGAAUGUCACAGUCGUCCUCAGAAAGGCUCAUUGAGCUCGAUCAGUACGUGAGCCCAGAGCUCUAUACAGUCAUCGACCACUCCCCUGCAGUAGCCAUUUUGCCAAAAGAAGGCAAACUGGAUGAAGUAUAUGAAGCUUUGGCCAGCGCUCAUCCCAACAUGACUGUAUAUAAAAAGGAGCAGAUUCCAGAUAGAUUUCAUUACAAACGCAACCGUAAAAUUCAGCCCAUCUUAGCAGUGGCUGAUAAAGGAUGGGAAAUUGUCCAUAACAAGACUGAUGGUUUUCUACUUGGUAAUCAUGGAUAUGACAACACUGUACCAGAAAUGCAUCCCAUUUUUUUGGCAGUUGGGCCUGCUUUCAGAAAGAAUGCCACCAAACAAUUCAUGAAUGCUACAGACUUGUACCCUUUACUGUGCCAUCUGCUUGGCAUCAGCCCACUGCCCAACAAUGGUUCCUUCAAUGCUGUGAAGGAUAUACUUGCUGAGAAAGUUCCUGGAGGCCGUAGAGCAGAUUCCUACUCCACUGUGGUAGGAGUCUUCCUGGGCAGCUUGCUUGUUUUUGUUUUUACUGCAGUUUUUGUUAAGCAUUUUGUCCUUGCCCAAGCAAAUUCCAUGCAAAUCCGACACACUGAAGCUGCCCAGCCACUGCUGCAAGAUUAAUAACAGCUGGAAUUAUUUCCUGUUUGAGGCUUAAAAUAAGCCUAUACAAAGAAAAUAAACGAUGGAGGUGGAUUAGCAUGAA